AUGAGAAUUGCUAAAAACUCUGAUGACUAUGUGAACGCUAUCGACCUGGAGGGGGAGCCCUUCCUGGACCGCUCGGCAGGCUCAAGGUACGCCGAGGCAGCAGUAGCACAGCGUGUCCUAGAUGCUCGCUGUUAUCUAUGGAACCUGAUCGAACCUUGGGACGAUGCUGAUGUCGCCGUGAUCGCUGGUGGCAACUUCCUCCGAAGGCUCACCGGUGACCGCAAGACCUGCUGGAACCAUGCAGAAUUGCGAACCUAUUGCUUCGAACCAGCGUCAGGUGACAACGAGGACGACGUGAAGAUGAUACGGAUCUCGGAGGAGGAGCGUCACGCAAUGGGUGGUGAGCCUCUUGGCGAAGACUGUUCGGGAGACCAACCUGAUGAUGGUGAGCCGCACAACGACGACGACGGCUAUAUGCUGGGUGUUGACGACAUACUGGAAGAUCACGGUACGGUGGACGAUGACGAAAUGCCCAACGGAAACGGUACCCUUACCAGUGGCAACAAUGACAGUCCGCCGGACAGAGGAAGGGAAAACCCAGGUAACACCCCCGAUCCAAGUAACAGCAGUCCUGAUGCCAACGGGGGAAACAGCGGUCCCCCAGGUGGCGGUUCUGGUGAUGGCCGCGGAUCUGCGUUGCCCACGCCUGAUACCACGCCGUCCGCCCCCAGGAUAGCACCCAAUAUCGAUGGAGUGAGGUCUACCAUAGUAUUGAGAAACCCGACGUUGUGGCAUACUCGAGCCCGCCAGAUCCAGCGAUGGAUGCACGCUCACCCGGACUCGGAUUGGCCGCCGGACGACGUGAAGAAGCAGGCGCAGAAAGUGCAGCCGCCGGGCUCCACGGACGAUCGGCAGGGAGAAGCAGCAUGGCCUCGAGUCUGGAACAACAACAUCAUAUCAAGAGAUGCCUUUGUUAUGCAAUGGCGGCUUGAGUUCUCGGGAGUAUAG